CUGCGUAACGCAUUUAAAUAAUAAUAAUUUGUGUUGCACAAGCUGUUGAUCCAAAAAAAGAUGUCACGCUCCGAUUUUACUAUCAUCGUAUUCAGUCUGAAUUUAGAUUGAUUGGUAUUCGCGUGGUCGGUAAAAGACGGUGUAAUUACGAAAAUGCUCAGAUGCAUAGUCGUGGCAUCUUUGGUCGGGCUUGUUAUCUCAGAGUACAAAGGUUGUCGAAGUUAUGAAACGCAAACGAUAUGUAGACAAGUUCACGACGUCCAAUUUCUUCGCGAUAGCUUGAAACAGAAUACAACGGGAAGCUCCAUCCACUUGGUGCACUGCAAUAUAGAUGUAAUCCCAGCGGAUCUCUUCCCCAAGAAUGUCACGCAGCUGAAGAUCGACGAUAGCAAAAUCGUUGGCAUUGAACGGGGGGCCUUUGCCGGCCUCGACAAGUUACACGAGCUGACCAUCUUCUCGAAUUUGAUACCAACCUUACAGUCUGGGGUUUUUGAAAGGUCGACUCAGCUAAAAACCAUCAGUAUCUUCUACACGCACCUGGAAAAUUUGGAAAAGGGGACGUUCGUUGGGCUCCACCACCUCCAAGAGCUCGACCUGUCCCACAACAACCUCAAGACCUUGGUCGAUGGCGUUUUUCAAGACCUGAAGGCCUUGCAGAUCUUGGAUCUUCAGGCCAAUCGACUAAUGUUCAUGCGAGAGGGAUGCUUCAAAGGUCUACACGCGCUAAAACACCUAUACUUGUCUCGCAACCAAAUUCACUAUUUACCCGCCAACAUCUUUCAGCAAGUCACCCACUUGGAAGAACUCCACUUGAACUACAACAAACUGGACGGUUUGCAAGAAGCGUACUUCACCGGUUUGGGCCGCCUGGCGAAGCUGUACCUGAAGAACAACAUCAUCACGCAAGUAAGACGAGGCAGCUUCAGCAACCUGCAGGGCCUGAAACACCUCGACCUAACCUUUAACAGAAUCGGAGUCUUCGAUCCGAAAGCCUUCGAGGGCUUGCACAUAUUGGAAACGCUAACGGCGGGGAAUAACGACUUUGAGGUUAUCUUUAAUGGGACCUUCGACCUCGAUUAUCUAUCCUAUCUCAGUCUCGAGUACAGCAAUCUUGAGCGCAUCGAAAAGAGCACCUUCGGCACCCUCCCCAGCUUGCAACACCUAAAUUUGGGCAACUGCAUCGUCAAUCACAUCGCGAGCGGAAGCUUCGGCCGACUGCCCAACUUGCGACGCCUCAACCUGGACAACAACAACCUCGCGCAAAUCGACAACCUCACCUUCGGCGGGCUCGACAAGCUGACCGAGCUGCGACUGUCCGGCAAUCGCCUGAACGCGCUCAAACCGAACACAUUCAAGCACCUCGUCGCUCUACAGGAGCUGCGGCUCACCGGCAAUCGGCUCGUCAACCUCGAGAUCGGCAUGUUCAGCGGACUGACGCUCCUCAAGGCGCUACACUUGGACAGCAACCAGAUCGCGCGACUGCCCUCCGGCGUCUUCCAGAACAUGCCGAACUUGGAGGUCCUCUCCUUGGCGAACAACGCGAUACGCAACGUGGAUAAAAACUCAUUCGGCGGCCUGGUGAACAUCCAAGAGCUGAAUUUGAUCGACAACCCGAUCGAGUUCGUCGACGGGGAUGCGUUUUUCGGAUUCAAAAGGUUCAAGUUGAUGAUAAGCGAGGUGAAUUUGACGCGCUCGACUUUGGAGGAGAUCUCGUCGCAGGACCGGAUCGAUUUUCAUUUUAAUGUCGAUAAAUUAUAAAAAGCCGAGCUUUAAAUAUAGGAUUAAUGCUAAAGAAA